AUGACUACUUGGACUCUGGCACUGCAGAUGCAGUUCUGGUCCCUCUUCCCUCUGCUUCUGCUGGAAACGCGUUGCUGGGAGUUUGCUGGCUACGAUUGCGGCUGUGCUGGCAUAUCGAGCAUGGCAGGCACGCCAGUCACAUCCAAAUUUGCCAGAUACACUGAUAUUGUAGAGCAGCAACAGGUCCAUAAAAGCCAGCUGUGGAAGAAGAUGCCCAUACAAACCUUCCACCCGCAUGACGCAGAGUCACUGGAGUUACUCAUUUUCCUGGGCCGCCAUGAUUACUUCAGCUCCUGUACCAGAGUAGCCCCCAUCUGCUUCGGAGCCCUGGCGGCUCUCUGUGUCUUGGACUCAGCAUGGGUGCAAAAGAUGGCCAGGCACAGCCGACGGCUACAUACGCUGUGGAUCUGCCUGAUCCUCAGCAACUUCAUUGGCUUCUUUGUCAACAAGAACGGCCCGCAGGUUGACCCAAAUCAUAUCAUGGCCGACCCGGUCAAUCUUGCCUUUGCUUUCAUUGGCAUCAGAGGUGUCUUGUCACCCGUGCUGCCGGCUUUGACGCUCGCCCUGAUAACAAACAAGCGGAUGGGUGAAACUUCAAUGGUGGCCAGAGCGUUCUCUUUGCCGGUGUUUCAGUGGCUCGCAGGCAUCACCUAUGACAUAUUCUUGACACACCCCCUGGUGUUGCUUUGCGUCUGGUACAUACUGCCACCAUCAGUUUGGUUUGCGCCAGACAGGCCCUACACCUUUGCGCUUGUGACAUGCAUUUCAUUUUCACUCUCUGCGGCUUUUGCAUGGCUGCAUAACCGCGCUUGGAGCAAUUUGAUGGAAAUGAUCAGGUCCAAAUCAAACGAUGUCCCUUCAUGUAUCAACUGA